GUUGGCUUUGGGAGCGUAGUCCUGAAGGCAUCUGGCGGAUCUUCGGCGGCAACUGUCGACUGCCGUUGAUGCCGCGAUGUCGGGGUGUGGUGCGUGCAUUCGGCCCACUGGACGGCUCAUGGUCUCUCGGCAUCGAGAUGGCCAGAUCGCCUUGAUCGUCCUGAUCGUCUCAAGCGAUCCUCAUGAAAGCGUCACGGCGCUGCGCAACAAGAUCCGUCAAGAUCCGACUGCGCGGUUCCUGACUUGGCUGUCCCAUUGCUCCCAGAUCAGCCCCAAAGCCCACAGCACCGCAAGGAAGGCGAGCGGCCAUAAGCCCGUCGAUCUCGAUAGGAGCUCCUCAGCAAGUCACCCAGGGCCACACCUCUUGGCAUAUCCGAUCAUGGCUUCCGUUGAUAAAGUCGCUCAGCCAGACGUGGCCGAUGCUCCCUUGGACUUUGGAUUCCCGUUCGCUCCCUGGCCGAUCCAGACGGACUUUAUGCAGGCCCUCUACAAAUCGCUGCGAGACAAAAAGGUGGCAGUAUUCGAGAGUCCAACUGGAACGGGCAAGUCGCUGAGCAUGAUAUGCGGCUCGCUCAAGUGGCUCAAGGACUACCAGGAUCGCUCCGAGGAAGAACAGCUUGCGGAUCUCCUCGCCAAUAUCCCGGCCGACAAAGAUUCGACAGAACCGGACUGGGUCCAAGAGCACGUUCGAAAGAGGCAGGUUGAUGAAGCCAGGACAAUGCUUGCCGAGAAGCGAGCACGGCGGACCGCAAGGCAGCAACGACUCGAGGAACUCCGGAGAGAGGAGGAUCUGCCCGACAAACGGCGCAAGGUUCAGCGAUUCGACAAGCCGACGAUCGAUCUGUUGAAGGAAGAGGAUGAGUUCCUGCUGGCCAAUUACGACAGCGACGAAGAACUUGGAACUUCGGAUGCUGCCGCACGAGUGAAGAAGCUUCAGAAAGAAUACAACAAGAUAUUUGGCGAACCGAACCCGCCAAGCGAUGGUGUAGAAGACGGAGACGAAGAUGAUGACGAUAUCAAGAUAUAUUAUUGCAGUCGCACGCAUUCACAACUGAGCCAGUUUGUCAAGGAACUUCAAAAGACAGGGUACUCGACUUCAGUUCGAUCGAUCUCGCUGGGUUCGCGAAAGAACAUGUGCAUUCAUUCUCGAGUCAGUCAGAUCAAAUCGCUUGGCCAAAUGAACGACAGUUGCUUAGAUCUGCAAAAAAAGAAAGGCAAGGAUAACGAAGGAGGAUGUCCACACCUUCCGGGGACAAGCGAGCGAAAGCGCAUGCAGAACUAUGUGGAUCGCGCGCAGGCAUCGAUCAGGGAUAUUGAGGACCUUGUCGAGCUGGGCCGGAGGACCAACAUUUGUCCCUAUUAUGGUGCUCGCGAGGCUGCCAAAACGGCCGAGAUCGUCACUGUGCCCUACAACCUCGUCCUGCAAAGGAGCGCCCGCGAAUCCUCCGGUAUUCGUCUCAAGGGCAACGUCGUUAUAUUUGAUGAAGCACACAACAUUAUCGACACCAUCACAGCGAUCCACAGCUCGAUAGUUAUGAAGAGCCAGAUCGAGAGCGCGGAGACCCAGUUGACAAAGUACUAUGAGAAGUACAAGACGCGGCUCUUGGGCGGCAAUGCCGUCUAUAUCAAGCAAAUAUUGAGCCUACUCAGUGCGCUGCAGAAGCCGUUUCAUUCAAGCACCAGCGAAAAAGCACAUGUGGCCCAAACAGCAAACGAGUUUGUCCACGAACUCGGUAUCGAUCACCUCAACCUUUACAAGCUGGAAGUAUUCAUGAAGCGCAGCCGACUCACUCAAAAGCUCAAUGGGUUCAUUGAGAAGCAUGAGCAGUCUGGCGCGCAAGCGACUCCAGAUGCCCCAGGCACUUAUGUAUCCAGACACACGCCGGCUCUGCAGCAGAUCGAGUCCUUCAUCUUCUCUCUCAAGAACGCUACUGCUGAUGGCCGCAUCGUCAUGACGCGCGACUCAUUUCCUUCGUAUCGAUACAUGCUGCUGAAUCCUGCAAAUCACUUCCGCGACAUUGUAUCCGAUGCCCGCUCCGUCAUCUUGGCGGGCGGUACGAUGGAGCCGGUUUCUGAAUUCCUGACCCAGUUGUUCCCGGACCUCCCAUGUAAUCGGUUCCAGCGCUUUAGCUGUGGCCACAUCGUGCCGAAAACUUCAAUUCUUACGGUGGCAUGCGACAGAGGCCCCACUGGGAUCGAGUUCAAGUUCGAUUAUGCAAGCCGGGGCAGCGCUGAAAUGAUCGGCGAACUUGGAAACGCCAUCGUCAACUUUGCCGGUAUCGUUCCUGGUGGCAUUGUGGUAUUUUUUGCCAGCUACUCGUUCCUCGAUACCGUCGUCAAUGUCUGGAGAAGUUGCGGAAUCCUGCAGAGGCUUGAAGCAAAGAAAGAGAUCUUCACAGAGCCCAAGACUACAAGCGAGGUUGACCAAACUCUUCGGAAGUAUGCGGAUGCGAUUCGUUCGUCUUGGCAGGGCGAUGCCUUGGCGCAGAAAAGCACAAGAAACGGCGCCAUCUUGCUCGCCGUCGUUGGAGGCAAAAUGAGCGAGGGGAUCAAUUUCUCCGACGAUAUGGGGAGAGCGGUUGUUAUGGUUGGUUUGCCGUUCGCCAAUAUGACAUCGAUAGACUUGAAGGAGAAGAUGCGAUACAUCAACGACACAGCAAAGGGCGAUGGCUCCGUCGGCGCAAAUCAAAAUUCCCCCUCUCCGGGGACGGUGUACUACGAAAACCUGUGCAUGAAGGCCGUCAACCAGUCCAUCGGCCGUGCGAUCCGCCACAAGGACGAUUUCGCCUGUGUACUGCUGCUGGACAAGCGAUACUCCACCCGUCGAAUUCAAGAAAAGCUCCCAGGGUGGAUCCGAAAUGCAGGAGUUGUUCAUGCUCCAGAGUUCAAGCUGAGUUUUGGCCCCGUAUCCAAGUUCUUUAGGGACAGAGCGCACCCAAAGAGAAACGAGGCGCUCUGAUCCAAGUCAGGGUUGUCACUCUUCCUCGAUCCGAAUACACGCUCAUUCAUCGCCCA